AUGAGAGCCGACUUGUUUUGGUUCUUUGUAGCCCCAUCAAUCCUGUUCGCAUCGUCAGAUGCCAGGACAUGCUAUCUGCCGACAGGUGAAAUUGCUGAGAAUGAUGCGCCUUGUUUUCCUCAAAACCCCGAGUCCUCAUGCUGCGGUGGAAGCACCUAUGUCUGCGCUACAAAUAACAUGUGCGCUUACUAUGAUGGCUCCUACUACAUCAUCGGUAGCUGCACGGACAAGACGUGGAACUCACCGGCUUGCUCAUCUUAUUGCUACUUUCGGGAUCACAUCCACAACUCUGUCUUCAGAUGUGCAGCGUAUGAUGACACAUACUGCUGUGCGGAUGGGCCGCCCUGCAACUGUACCACGAGGGCGAAUACUCAGAAAAUAUUGGACUUUCUGCCCCCAUACUCCGAGCUUGUCGGCUCAUCGGUCGCUCUCAACACAGACGUAGCCACAACCACGUUGCUGACGCCAGUUGGGGCGAAACGAACAACCUCAUAUUCCACGUCGCUAGAAUCGUCAACAUCCGCAACAUUGACAACGACGGGCUCUACAGCGUCAGCCACAGUCGGUCCUCAGGUUCCUACCGAAGAUGCCAUGAGCGACACGGGCCUGAAAGUUGGACUGGGCGUGGGCAUUCCACUAUUGGCAAUUGGGCUUGUCUUAGGCGCUUUGCUCUUGCGAACCAAGAGGAAGUCUCAAGCGACCCGCCACAGCAGCAACUAUCCGGAGCAGGGAGACGUUACGAUGGGCCUGGCAUCCCCCCACUCGCAGCCAGAGAUACGGCAUGAAGCUCCAGUCGCGAACGGAGAGUACUAUAACACUGCCUACAAGCCGUUCCGGACAGGGCCGGUGUUUGAAGCACCGAACGAGCUAUCAAGGGACCAUUCUCCAGAGUGA